AUGGAGAACAAGGGUGACAACGUGGACAGUCUCAUGCAGGAACGUGGUUUUGACAGUGAGCCAGUCUCCAAUUUAGUUGUGGGCUUGGCCUUUUAUCAGCUAUGGUAUUCUACUAUCCCAAAGGAGUUACGUUUGCAAGAGGUGGACAGAUUUGAUAGCGCAGAGCAGUCAGAGACCUUUGAGGACAGAAUAGUCAUGUCCGUUUUAAAUUCAGAUAGGCAUGAUGCUGUUGAAGGCCAAGAGGCUAAUUCUCCAUUCCAUUCUGAUUCAGACACCUCUGUUAGGAAUGAUAAAGAGAUCUUGGGAGUUGAUCAUUCUUCUGAGAACUCUCCAGAUGAGUGGGAGCAGCAGCUGGUUAAUGGAAACAGCAGCGAUAAGCUUCCCUAUUUUAGUCUUCCAUUGUGGUUAUUGCCUUUACAAUUGCCUUCCUCAAAUGAAAAUUUAGAGGAUGACCUCAAUAUGCAUCGGACCUUGCGUAAUGACCACUAUAGGAAUGCAAUAAAGUAUUUACGGCAUGCUCUGUAUUCCAGUCCACCCGUACUUGAGGCUUUUCAUCCUUUGAUACAGGUGUUGCUGCUUGGGGAUCAGGUGAAGGAGGCUCUUGAUGAGAUGAUAAUGAUGACGAGUUUUGAACUUCUCAGACAAAGCAGUGUUGGUUGCUGGUUGAAAUCUAUUAUCUUGGAGCAUUUUGACAGUGGUAACUACGUCAAACUUUCAGAAAUCCUCGAGGAAAAUUUGGAAAAGGAUCCUACAUGGGAGUAUAGCACUGAAAAGCUGGUGGAAAUGAUAGCUCUUCAUUUGGAUGCUGAUCAUGCAAAAUAUGAUACAUGGAAGGAGUUGGCUUGUUGCUUCCCGAGGCUUUCUCAAUGUGAAGAAGAUUGCAUGUCCCUAUGCUCCAAUGGUGAAGAUAGUGAAAAAUGGUGGCUGACACGUAACUUCAGCCAGAAUAUACUCAUUGCGGAUAUUGCUUCAGGUGAUUGGGAACUGCUGACUUACAAGGCAGCCAUGGCAUGCUACCUUUAUGGGCGAGAAUUUUUGUACGUUGUGAAGGUGAUCGGCAAGGGGCUUAGUUCUUGGUGUAAAAACAUUCUUUUAGCUGUAAUAGUUUAA